AUGGCCUCGACCUCCAUCCGACAAAAGCACUUUAAGGUGGCUGUCGUUGGUGGUGGAGCUGGUGGUCUGGCCAUUGCCUCCCACUUUAGUGAGAAGUUGGGCAAGGGCGCUGUGGGCGUCAUUGAACCCAGCACAAACCACUAUUACCAACCUGGCUGGACCCUGGUUGGUGGUGACCUCAUGGACUUCAACAAGACCGUCCGCCGCACGAGCGAUGUCAUGCCCAUCAAUGCGGAGUGGGUGCACGAUGCCGCCGCCACCUUCGCCCCGGAAGCGAACAGCCUCACCACUGCCAAAGGAGACACCAUCACCUACGACUACCUCGUCUUGGCUGCCGGCUUCCAGAUCAACUGGGACGCCAUCAAGGGCCUCAAGGAUGCUUUGGGCAAGAAUGGCGUCACCUCCAACUACCACGCCGAUCAUUGCAAGUAUACGGCCAAGGCCAUGAACGAGUUUGCCGGUGGCCAUGCCGUCUUUACCCAACCCAACAUGCCCAUCAAAUGUGCAGGUGCGCCACAGAAGGUGAUGUACAUUUUCGAGGACACGAUGCGCCGCAAUGGUCUCCGCGACAAGACGACCGUCACCUUUAUGCAGGGUAUGCCCUCCAUUUUCGCCAUUCAAAAGUACGCCAAGGCCCUCACGGAACAGUGCCAGGAACGCGACAUCAACGUCAACUUUCGGCACGUCCUCACCGAGGUGAAAGCCGACACCAAGGAAGCCGUCUUCAAGGCCGGUGAGAAGGAAGUGACCGUCAAGUACGACUUUCUGCACGUUACUCCCCAAAUGGGUGCCCCCGACUGCAUCCGCAACAGCCCCCUGGCUGCUGAAAAUGGCAUGGCCAACGUCGACAAGGAAACCAUGCAACAUCUGACCUUCCCCAACGUUUUCGCCAUUGGCGACUGCGCCAAUCUUCCCACCUCCAAGACAGCGGCCGCCGUCGCUGCGGAAGCACCUGUGGUCAAGGCGAACAUGGAGGCCGUCAUGCGCCAGGCCAACCCCACCGCUAAAUACGAUGGCUACGCCUCGUGCCCUCUGGUCAUCAGCCGAGACCGCCUCAUCCUCGCCGAGUUCUCCGCCUACACGGGUCAGCCCAUGGAGACCCUCUUUCUUGACCAGUCCAUUCCCCGCGAAUCCCUUUUCUUCCUCAAGGCCGAAGUCAUGCCCGAUCUCUACUGGGAUGCUCUGCUCAAGGGCCACUGGAACGGGCCCUCCAAUGUCCGCAAGAUCCUCAACCCAUUUAAUGCUUAA